AUGUCGCACGCGACCCUCCUGCGGUCAAUGAGACCCGCAUGGCAGCCGCAACUCUCGCUCCGCAGUUCUCGACGAUACGUGCACCCAGGAUCAUACCAACCCUUCGUGCCUCCCUCUCCAAGCUCCCUUGGCAAACCCACUCCAGCCAAAACAUACACUCGCACCCGAAAAUGGCUGCGACGGCUAUUCUACGUCUCUCUCGCCACCGGCGUCGUGUACGGACUUGACGCCCGAUUCAACGCCUCAGCCGUGACUCGAACAGCGCGGACGUUCUCAGUAGGCCUGGUCGUUGCGCUAGACUACAAAAUCAAUUUUCGUCCGGACCCGCCCUUCGCCGACUCGAUCGCUGCGGUGCAUGCUCGCAAUGCUCGCCGGGUCUCGGAUCUACUACGUCAUAAUGGUGGUCUCUACCUGAAGAUCGGCCAGGCCAUUGGUAUGCAGACGGCUAUUCUGCCGCCGGAGUUCCAGCGUAUGUUCGCAAGUAUGUUUGAUGAUGCGCCGCAGAAUGAUUGGAAGGAAGUCGAGAAGGUUAUCCGGGAGGAUUUUGGGAAGUCGCCUGAGGAGGUCUUUGGCGUUUCUUUCUCGGGGGAACCAGGUAAGGGCCUCAUGGAACGCAAGGCCCGGGCUAGUGCGAGUGUGGCCCAGGUCCACUGGGCGCGGCUUCCAGAUGGAAGGGAAGUGGCCGUUAAGGUCCAGAAGCGGGAGAUCGCGCAACAGAUUGAGUGGGAUCUGUGGGCUUUCAAUGUCAUGACCAACAUCUACAGCAAAUGGUUCGAUAUCCCUUUUAACACUCUGGUACCCUACAUUAGUGAACGCAUGUCUCUUGAAACCGACUUUGAGAACGAAGCAGCCAACUCUGAGACUAUGGCUCGACUAGUUGCCGGGGAACCCAGACUGCGAGACAGAGUAUACAUCCCAAAGGUUUACCGGGAACUGAGCUCGAAGCGUGUCAUGACGGCUGAAUGGAUUGAGGGUGUUCGGCUGUGGGAUAAGAAAACUAUCACCUCGUCAUGGCGCGGUGGCUGGCGUGAAGGAAGUCCAGGAUGCCAAGGCACUCCUCUGGAUCCAUCGGGUCGAAGCACUUCGGCGACUCCUACGCAAGCUGGAAGGCUGAAGCCGGAGCGCAACCAUUGGAGAGGCCCAAAUAACAAAGGUGGACUGGGCUUAUCUUUCAAAGACGUUAUGACGACCAUGGUCGAUUUGUUCUCCGCUCAAAUGUUCCUUUGGGGAGUCGUACACUGUGACCCUCACCCCGGAAACAUCUUCAUCCGCCGCAAGCCCUCCGGAAAGCCCGAGCUUGUUCUUAUCGACCACGGGCUGUACAUCAACAUGGAUCCAACAUUCAGGCAUCAAUAUGCUAGAUUAUGGAAGGCUUUAUUGACCUUCGACAACAAGACCAUCAACGCCGUUACAGCGAGCUGGGGUAUCGAAAACCCGGAGAUGUUUGCUACUUUCACGCUCAUGCGUCCCUACAGGGGAGGAAACAUGGCAACCCACAAACACAUCAUGGGGCUUAGCAAAAUUGAACGCAGCAAGCGUCAUUACGAAGCGCAGAACGCCGCUCGAAAGCACAUCCGACAGAUUCUCGCAGAUGAAACGAAGCUGCCUCGAGAACUUCUGUUUAUCGGUCGCAAUCUCCGCAUCGUCCAAGGAAAUAAUCAGCAUCUUGGCUCGCCCGUCAAUCGAGUGAAGAUCACCGGGCUCUGGGCUUCCAAGGCCCUUGCUGAGUCUCCCGACUUGCCUUUGACGGAGAAGAUUCGCAACCUUGGCCGUCAUCUCAUCUUCCGCACGGUGCUGUUCACUACCGAUAUCUUCUUCUACUUCACCAAGAUCCGUCAGUUCCUGCGACUUGGCGGUGGCAUGGAGGAUGAUAUCGAGGCCCAAAUGCGGGGUAUGGCUAAAGACAUGGGCGUUGACUUGAACUCAAGUGUCUUUGAGGGAUAG